CACAAUUCUUGCCGGCGCUUUUGACACUUCCACAUUACUCGUCCAUUACAGUUGCUGCACGUAUUCUGAGACAUCCACUGUGUUCUGCCACUCAUUGCGCAUCCAUACAUACCAGAAACAGCGCCGGGGAAGGCAUGGAACCUGAGGUUAUAACACUCUCCAAUGCAGAUAUUCAAGCCUUUCGUGCCAAGGUCCUGGUCAGAACAACCCCCAUCACCGACUACAUCUCUAUACCGGCUCUCGAACGUGACCCCUUCCUCGUCAGCGAUCACCUAGUCAACCUCAACGACGUCAUAGAAGCGGUAUCAGCGAUCGCAGAAUAUUUGCCGGAUUCCAUAUUCCUUCAACUCAAACUCCAUCUCCAACAGCUUCAGGAUGAUCUAGCACAAGCCGAACGUCUCCUGGAGAACCCUGAACUCUACCAGAGCGACGAUCCCCUCAAUGAGGCCAGUGUGGAAGAGUGGAUCGAGCAACCGCGGGGGGUCGGUCGACCAGGUUAUGCGAUACCAUUGCAGCUGUUGGAGGAGAUGUACAACCUCGGUUGCCCGAGGAAGUACAUGGCAAGCGAGCUGGGCGUGUCCUUGAGGACAUUGGAGCGCCGCUUGAAAGCCAAUUUUGGCUCUCCAGACGAAAGACUAUCAAAAUAUACCAGAAUCUCGGAUGUUGACCUUUGCGAGGCUAUCUCUCGAGUCAGGACUCAAGGCACGCAGAGGAUCGGUGUCAUGGGCUGUUGGUCUGCAUUGGAGGCGACUCUUGGUAUCCUCGUUCCUCGAAGUCGGGUGCGACUCUGUCUUCGAAUGUUGGACCCAAUCGGUGCCAAUGUCAAGUACGCAAAACUCAUCGACAGGCGGAAGUUGUCAGGUUUCGUUGGCUUGAGGAAGGUAGAAUAGGAUUAUUCUAGACGAAGGCAGGCGAGACGAGGCGAGGGCUUCCGAUAUUCGGCGAGAAUAGUCGAAUAAAGGUAGGACGAAGGCUAGUGUCGAAGGACCAGAGAGAGGUUGGCUGCGAGAGGUAUUCGAGGCGUAGUUCGGCGAACUCAAGGCUAUCAAAGGCAACUGGAGGCGAGCUAAGGCGAGCUAAGGCGACUGAAGGCAA